UUCCACGUGUUGCUCGUUGAAGGCGCCACAGGUUCCUCACCUGCGUCCGCGCGCUCGGGCCGCGCCGCCUCAGCCGGCGUGCUCCGAGGAGCCGCAGGGUCGGCGCGCCCGGGGCCGGCUGAGCGCUUCCCGAGGCGCCCGGGCGCACCCCCAACGCUAACUCCGCCUCUCCAGUCCCCGCGGCUCCCCCUCUCCCCCUCCCAGUGCUCCUCCCGGCUCCCGCCCGCCCCCUGCGCCCCGGCGGUAGGAAACACUCCCGAGUCUAACUCGACGUGUCCGGAAAGCCCUGGCCAGUUUUCCUUUCGUUCUGCGGCCGCUGCAGCCAACCCAGCGGCUCCGUCGGACCCGCGGGCGCGGCGGCGGCGGCGGUGAGGCGCCCGGUGGCCGCGGACCGAGAGCCGGGGACCCCCGAGCACCAUGCUGGACCCGUCUUCCAGCGAAGAGGAGUCGGACGAAGGGCUGGAAGAGGAGAGCCGCGAUGUGCUGGUGGCAGCCGGCGGCUCGCAGCGAGCUCCGCCGGCCCCGGCUCGGGAAGGGCGGCGGGACGCGCCGGGGCGCGCGGGCGGCGGCGGCGCGGCCAGAUCCGUGAGCCCGAGCCCCUCGGUGCUCAGCGAGGGGCGAGACGAGCCCGAGCGGCCGCUGGACGAUGAGCAGGAGCGGAGGAUCCGCCUGCAGCUCUACGUCUUCGUCGUGAGGUGCAUCGCGUACCCCUUCAACGCCAAGCAGCCCACCGACAUGGCCCGCAGGCAGCAGAAGCUUAACAAGCAACAGUUGCAGUUACUGAAAGAACGGUUCCAGGCCUUCCUCAAUGGGGAAACCCAAAUCGUAGCUGAUGAAGCAUUUUGCAACGCAGUUCGGAGUUAUUAUGAGGUUUUUCUAAAGAGUGACCGAGUGGCCAGAAUGGUUCAGAGUGGAGGGUGUUCUGCUAAUGACUUCAGAGAAGUGUUUAAGAAAAACAUAGAAAAACGUGUGCGGAGUUUGCCAGAAAUAGACGGCUUGAGCAAAGAGACGGUCUUGAGCUCAUGGAUAGCCAAAUAUGAUGCCAUUUACAGGGGUGAAGAGGACUUGUGCAAACAGCCAAAUAGGAUGGCCUUGAGCGCAGUGUCUGAACUUAUUCUGAGCAAGGAACAACUCUAUGAAAUGUUUCAGCAGAUUCUGGGUAUUAAAAAACUAGAACAUCAGCUCCUUUAUAAUGCAUGUCAGCUGGAUAAUGCAGAUGAACAAGCAGCCCAGAUCAGAAGGGAACUUGAUGGCCGGCUGCAGUUGGCAGAUAAAAUGGCGAAGGAAAGAAAAUUCCCCCAAUUUAUAGCAAAAGAUAUGGAGAAUAUGUAUAUAGAAGAAUUGCGGUCUUCAGUGAAUUUGCUAAUGGCCAAUUUGGAAAGUCUUCCAGUUUCGAAAGGUGGUCCAGAAUUUAAAUUACAAAAAUUAAAACGUUCACAGAAUUCUGCAUUUUUGGACAUAGGGGAUGAGAAUGAGAUUCAGCUGUCAAAGUCCGACGUGGUAUUGUCAUUCACCUUAGAGAUUGUCAUAAUGGAAGUGGAAGGCUUGAGGUCAGUUGCUCCCAAUCGAAUUGUUUACUGUACAAUGGAAGUGGAAGGAGAAAAACUGCAGACAGACCAGGCCGAAGCCUCAAGGCCACAAUGGGGGACUCAAGGAGAUUUUACCACCACCCAUCCUCGGCCUGUGGUCAAAGUGAAACUCUUCACAGAAAGCACUGGAGUUCUGGCCCUAGAAGAUAAAGAACUGGGAAGGGUGAUAUUAUACCCAACUUCUAAUAGCUCCAAAUCAGCUGAAUUACACCGAAUGGUAGUUCCAAAAAAUAGCCAAGACUCUGACUUAAAGAUCAAACUGGCAGUGCGAAUGGAUAAACCAGCACAUAUGAAACAUAGUGGAUAUCUGUAUGCCCUUGGACAGAAGGUUUGGAAAAGAUGGAAAAAACGUUACUUUGUUCUAGUUCAGGUUAGCCAAUAUACCUUUGCUAUGUGCAGUUACAGAGAAAAAAAAUCUGAACCUCAAGAAUUAAUGCAGCUUGAAGGCUAUACUGUGGAUUAUACUGAUCCCCACCCAGGCCUUCAGGGUGGUCGUAUGUUCUUUAAUGCUGUGAAAGAAGGAGAUACUGUAAUAUUUGCCAGUGAUGAUGAACAGGACAGAAUAUUAUGGGUUCAAGCCAUGUAUAGGGCCACAGGUCAAUCAUAUAAACCGGUUCCUGUAAUUCAGACCCAGAAACUGAAUCCUAAAGGAGGAACUCUCCACACAGAUGCUCAGCUUUCUGGUAAAGAUGGAGAUCGUUUUCAGAAACAUGGCAUGGAUGAGUUUAUUUCUGCAAACCCCUGCAAGCUUGAUCAUGCCUUCCUUUUUAGAAUACUCCAGAGGCAGACUUUGGAUCACAGACUGAAUGAUUCCUAUUCUUGCUUGGGUUGGUUUAGCCCCGGCCAAGUCUUUGUGUUAGAUGAGUACUGUGCCCGUUAUGGUGUAAGAGGCUGUCACAGACAUCUCUGCUACCUUACAGAACUGAUGGAACAUUCAGAAAAUGGUGCUGUCAUUGACCCUACCCUGCUCCAUUACAGCUUUGCAUUCUGUGCCUCUCAUGUGCACGGCAACAGGCCUGAUGGAAUUGGGACUGUUUCAGUGGAAGAAAAAGAAAGAUUUGAGGAGAUAAAAGAGAGACUUUCUUCCCUUUUAGAAAAUCAGAUAAGCCAUUUCAGAUACUGUUUUCCCUUUGGACGACCUGAAGGUGCUCUAAAAGCUACACUUUCAUUACUUGAAAGGGUUUUAAUGAAAGAUAUUGCCACUCCCAUACCAGCAGAAGAGGUGAAGAAAGUGGUCAGAAAAUGUCUCGAGAAAGCUGCCUUGAUCAAUUACACUAGACUCACAGAAUAUGCCAAAAUAGAAGGCCCAGCAGAAAAGGAAACAGAGACCAUGAGCCAGGCAUCUCCUGCUAGAAAGCUGGAAGAGAUUCUUCAUCUAGCAGAGCUCUGCAUAGAAGUCUUGCAGCAGAAUGAAGAGCAUCAUGCAGAGGGAAGAGAGGCGUUUGCCUGGUGGCCUGAUUUGUUGGCUGAACAUGCAGAGAAAUUUUGGGCUUUAUUUACAGUGGAUAUGGACACUGCACUAGAGGCUCAACCACAAGACUCCUGGGAUAGUUUUCCUCUUUUCCAACUGCUUAAUAAUUUCCUCCGAAAUGACACACUUUUGUGUAAUGGAAAAUUUCACAAACACUUGCAAGAAAUCUUUGUACCGUUGGUUGUCCGCUACGUGGAUCUCAUGGAGUCCUCCAUCGCCCAGUCAAUUCACAGAGGUUUUGAGCAGGAGACAUGGCAGCCUGUCAAGAAUAUCGCCAACAGUCUUCCCAAUGUAGCUCUUCCAAAAGUUCCAAGUCUGCCUCUUAAUCUUCCACAGAUUCCUAACAUUUCUACUCCUUCGUGGAUGCCUUCUUUAUAUGAGUCCACCAAUGGCUCAGCAACAUCCGAAGACCUUUUUUGGAAACUUGAUGCACUGCAGAUGUUUGUCUUUGAUCUACACUGGCCAGAACAGGAAUUUGCCCACCACUUAGAGCAAAGACUUAAACUAAUGGCCAGUGACAUGCUAGAGGCCUGUGUCAAAAGAACAAGAACUGCAUUUGAACUCAAGCUACAAAAGGCAAGCAAAACAACUGACUUGCGCAUUCCAGCUUCCGUUUGCACUAUGUUUAAUGUAUUAGUCGAUGCCAAAAAGCAAAGCACCAAACUCUGUGCCCUGGAUGGAGGACAAGAGUUUGGUAAUCAAUGGCAACAAUACCAUUCAAAAAUAGAUGAUCUGAUCGACAACAGCGUAAAAGAAAUCAUUUCACUGUUAGUUUCAAAGUUUGUUUCAGUGUUGGAAGGCGUGUUGUCUAAGCUGUCAAGGUAUGAUGAAGGCACUUUCUUUUCAUCCAUUCUGUCAUUCACUGUGAAAGCAGCUGCAAAAUACGUUGAUGUUCCAAAACCAGGAAUGGAUCUGGCAGACACCUAUAUUAUGUUUGUUCGGCAAAACCAAGAUAUUCUUCGAGAAAAGGUCAAUGAGGAAAUGUAUAUAGAAAAGUUAUUUGAUCAAUGGUACAGCAGUUCCAUAAAAGUCAUUUGCCUGUGGUUGACUGAUAGACUAGACCUCCAGCUCCAUAUUUACCAGCUGAAGACGCUCAUCAAGAUUGUGAAGAAAACCUACAGGGACUUCCGAUUGCAGGGUGUGUUGGAAGGAACACUGAACAGUAAGACUUAUGAUACCGUGCACAGACGUUUAACAGUAGAGGAGGCCACAGCCUCUGUUUCAGAAGGAGGGGGACUUCAGGGCAUUACUAUGAAAGACAGUGAUGAAGAAGAAGAAGGCUGAUAACACACAGCUUUGCAGAAGGAAGGAAGACCUUGGUUGACAUUAUUUUUUAUUUUUAUUUUUUUAACCUUGUCCUUGUAAUUACAUUCAUUGCUUGUUUAGGCCAAAUAAAAAUGCUUGUAUUUCUUUAAAAAAUAAAACCGAAUGUAGAGUACAAGGGGAAAUGCCAAGUUUUUUGUGUUUUGUUUUGUUUUGUUUUGUUUUUUGUUUUGUUUGGAGAAGAGCAUCCUCUUUAGUGUAGCUUGACCUAAAAAUGAACCUCGGCUCUGCUUAUGAUUGGAAUAUGAACUUUUUUAAAAAAGAAGAUUUGAGCAUUUUUCUGUAAUCACAUCAAAAUGAUGUUUUCUGUGUAAAAUGAGAUACAUAUUUCUCAUAAUGCAGCAUUGUGAUAAGUCACCUCCAAUCACUGCACCAACUCUAUCGUAUCUUGUUAAAAUGUUGUGUACCUUACAGAGUAUAAUUUAUGUGCCAGGUUUGUUUUGUACUUAAUUUGCCAUUGUUGUGAUGUAUAUAAAAUCUUUAAUCAUGGUUCUUAGUACUUCGAAUUGACCUACAGGUAUAUUCCUGGGCUGAAAGGAUUGCCAAACCCAAAAAUAGACUAGAUUCUCCAGUGGGUUUGUGUCUUUGUUCCAUUCUCAACAUUUCUUCUUUCAACCAUAAGUAAUCCCCAGAUGUGGGGUAGCAAGUGUGCCUCUGUCAAGAUACCGUAUUCUCCUACUCCCUAAGUAUAACAGCUUGCAGGCAAUAAAAAUCUAUUUGGUCAUAACUACUUCUGUAUUUAUUAGAAUUAUAUAGAGUAAAUGCAGUAAAAGAUGUUUGCAGUGUUUCAGACAUCCCAACUAUCUGACUCUGUGUUUUUGUUUCUUGUAUUUUUGUAGUAUUUUAUUUUUAAUCAAAUGAGUAAAAAAAUAAUAACACUGUACUUUGUACCUAAUAGGCACACACAUUGUUAAAAGAAUUACUAUGACAGCUUAUUUCCAUAGCAGAGGAAAUGUGUAUUUCAUACUCACAUAUUAUUAGUUAAUAUUAGUAAUCAAUGUUAACUAAUAAUUAGUAAUAUUAGUAAUGUUAACUAGUAUUUGGCAUUAGUAGUGGUUGUUCCCGCAAAAUAUUUUCUUGCUAGCAUUUUGAGAGAUAAUUGUAUUAUGUUUUGUAAGUGCUCUAUGAAUUAUUUUUGUAAUAUUUCCUAAAAUAUAUUGGCAGAUUGUGCUACUGCAUGUAUUAAUAAGUAAUUUUUAAAUGAAGUCAGUUAAUGCAAAAUAAGUGGAGGUAUCCCUGAAUUUAUGAAAAUGUUUGUUCUGAAACUAUAGAAAUGAAGCAACGUGGACCUCCAGAUUUGUUCUCCCAUGGUGUAAUAAGUGGUCACUAGGUACCUAGACUAGGCUUAAAAAUCUGUUUAAUCCACAGUUACUAUUUAGCAUUGUUUUGGCUCAUUUUCUGGGCUCUAGGGGUAAGAUAACAAGCACAAGGAAAUUUUUUUCUUUUUCCUGGAUUAGAUACUCUACCAACUAAUACUUCUGAAAGGCUGUUUGUCUGUGAAUGUUCUCCCUCCUUUUCCUCUCUAUCCACGCACUGAAUACCCUUUUCUCCAAACCCUCAAAUGUGCAGUCACACUAUCCCAAACUCUCCAAUGGCACCCUCCUCGAGCUUGCUGUUCCACCACAGAUUGCUCUGUGCUUGGUAAUUACCCACCCUUCUUUUUCUUUCAAUAAAAUUUCCAUUUCCUUGA